AUGCAAAGCCCGUGGAUCCAACCUUUGGGUUCACUUCAAGAACACCUGUAAAACAGCUAGUGCUAUAAGGAAAAUGCCUUUGCAACGAGCUGUUGCCUACCUUAAAAAUGUUAUAGAUCAUAAAGAAUGUGUACCAUUCAGAAAGUUCAAUGGUAGAGUAGGACGUUGUGCUCAAGCUAAGCAGUUUGGCACAACACAGGGACGUUGGCCAAAGAAGUCUGCUGAAUUUUUACUUCAAUUAUUGAGAAAUGCCGAAAGUAAUUCUGAUUAUAGUGGACUUGAUGUACAAAGUUUAGUAGUAGAUCAUAUUCAGGUUGAUCGUGCACUAUGCUUGAGAAGACGCACAUACCGUGCUCAUGGUAGAAUAAACCCCUUUACGUCUUCUCCCUGCCACAUAGAGCUUUGGUUAACAGAGAAUUCAAGCGAACCAGAAUCACCUUUGAAACCUGGUAAAAAAGGCAAAGCAGAAAAGAAAGUUGCUACAAGUUGAAUCUUUUGAAAUAAAA